UUUUUUUUUAUUACUUAUUUAACUUCAUCCUGAAUUUUCCUUUUCAACCCCUUUCUAUUCCACUUUUAAUAUGUCACUCAAUACAAAAUAUGAGGCAAAGCGCCCUCCGCCUGAUAUUGAAACCUUUAGUACCAGGGCUGCUAGUCAUUUUGACGAAAAAAUCGAUGAUGAAAAAAUUCAUUCUGGUAUCAAAGGUUUAAUAGCAAACCCUUAUGUGUUUGCUACUGCUAUCUUUGCAUCUCUCGGAGGUGUAUUGUUUGGUUACGAUCAAGGUGUUAUUUCUGGUGUUCAGGAAAUGGAGACUUUUAAAGAUCGCUUCCCAAUGUCACCUACUGAGAAUGGUUUCGUUGUGUCUAUUCUCGAGCUUGGAUGUUGGGUGGGUGCCUGGCUAGUUGGUUACUUUGCAGACCGCAUCAGCCGAAAGUACUCCAUUGUCCUCUUUUCUGCUGUCUUUCUCGUUGGAAGCUCUCUUCAAGGUGCUGCCCAAAAUCUCAGUUAUCUUUUGAGUGGUCGUUUUGUUACUGGUCUGGCUGUCGGAGGUCUUAGUAUGUUGGUCCCUCUGUACCAAUCAGAGAUUGCUCCUCCGGAAAUCCGUGGAUCUCUCGUCUCUCUUCAACAGCUGGCCGUCACAUUUGGAAUCCUCAUUUCGUUCUGGAUCGACUACGGAACGGCCAACCUUUCAACAGAAGCACAGUGGCGGAUCCCUCUUUGCCUCCAAUUGGCCAUUGGCCUUGUACUUGGUGUGGGAAUUCUCUUCUUUCCUCACUCUCCUCGCUGGUUGAUGAGUGUUGGAAAGGAGGAACAGGCCCUCCAGGUCUUAUCCAAACUUCGCCGUCUCCCCGACCAUCACCCAAAGGUUAUCAAAGAAUGGCGGGAGAUCAAGAUCAAUGUCACUUUCGACAAGCUGGUCGAGAUCGAGACCUACCCCGACUAUGUCGAUGCCGGAACCUCUGGCCGUUUCAAAAUAUUCAUGAUGGGGUACGUGGAGCUGUUCCGCAAGGGUAUGCGCAACCGUCUCUUCAUCGCCUGUGCCAUCCAGUUCUUCCAGCAGUUCGUUGGAAUCAACGCCUUGAUCUACUACGCCCCCAAGAUCUUCCAGUCUGUCGGUCUCACCGGAAGCUCGGUGUCUCUGCUUGCCACCGGUGUCGUCGGUGUCAUCAACUUCCUCAUGACCAUUCCAACAGUCCUCUUCCUCGACAUGGUCGGUCGAAAGAAGAUGCUCAUGAUUGCCUCUGUCGGACUCUCCGUCAGUAUGAUCAUUGUUGCCAUUAUCACCGGCCUUUACGAGGAUGACUGGCCGAACCACACUGCCGAGGGGUGGGUUGCAGUUGUAUUUGUGUACAUCUUCAUUGCCAACUUUGCCUACUCGUGGGGACCUAUUGGUUGGGUCAUCCCAUCCGAGAUCUUCCCUCUUCGUGCUCGUGCAAAGGCCAUGAGUAUCUCCACUUCUGCCAACUGGAUGUGCAACUUCAUCAUGGGCAUGAUCACUCCUCCCAUGCUUGCCGGAAUUCAUUACGGUACAUACGUCUUCUUGGCAGUAUUCUGUGUCCUUUCCUUCCUGUUUACCUGGUUCUUCAUUCCUGAGACCAAAGGUCUGUCUCUUGAAGAGAUGGACAAUAUCUUUGGUGGUGACAUGGCCAACUCUGACUCCAAUCUCAUGUCUCGUGUCAGGGAAGAGGUCCACCAACAGGGUGUUCCAGCUAGGCCUGUGGACACAACCAGUGAUUCUCGAGGAGCCUAAUUUUCUCCCCUUUCAUUUGUUUUCUUUUUUUCUUUUUUCUUCAUACUUCUUUAUUAAAAUCUUUUACUUUAUAUAUUCUUUUAUUUUAAUUUCCAUUAAGUACACAGACACAGACACAGACACAGACACAAAGAAAAUAUCUGCCUGAAUUUGUGUGUGUAUAUUUAUAUAUAUAUAUUUACUCUUAUUUUUUUGUGCCAUAUCAAUAUCUUUUUCUCUCGUUUUUUUUUUCCAUUUUAUAUUAUACUAUUUUAUAUAUUCUUUCUCUUCUUCGCUCUCUUUUUUUUAUACAUAUAUUUUAUUUCAGCCAAUAAAAAAAACACCACAGAUCAAGCCUA